AUGAGUAGACGACAGAUUAACAAGCAACUCCGUCUGGCGGAGGAAGGAGACUUCGAAGGAUCAGUCCCUGCUCUCGCUGAGGGGGAAGGAGAGCUGACGGUCGAGGAAUCUCCCAAGCGGUAUAAGAACGUCUUCGCAGCAGCACUAGAUAGUGAUGACGAUGAUGAUGAGUAUACCUCUUCGAGUGACGAAGAGGAGGAAACGAUUCCGGCAGCGCCGGCGGUGGUGGUGGCAGAGAAGAGCAAGACGCCGCAGAAGCAUACCCAGAAGAAGAAGAGCACUCCUCCACAGCAGCGAGGCAAAAGCAGUAAAGCUUCGAAGGCUGACGAGAAGAAGAAUUCGCCUGCAUCGACGACAGCAGCUUCAUCUGAGCCAUUGCUGAGGAUUGCUCGUGGCAAUCUAAAUCCACAGACUGAGAUCAAGCGCAUUUUCGGUUCUGAGGCUUACAACUUGGGAGUUCGAGCUGAGAACACUGCUACUCACUCGCAUAAUCGGAUCAUGAACCCCCGGGGAAUGGGGGUGGCGACAGCUGCUCGAUCCAGUGCGAACUUAAAGAAGAAGUCGUGGCUGUUGCAUGGUUGGCCUAUGAACCAGGAGGAGGAGAUGUGGCCGAGCCCAGCUGCAGUGAAGGAUGCGACGCUGAUGAUGAAAGUAUACUCUCCGUCAGGGAGCAGUACAUCCAGUGGAGAGGAUAGAGCUCAGUUCUAUCUAGAGCCGAGCAACUCUUAUUUGAAGUCUAUGGACACCUACUGCGAAAUUGUCGCCUCCUCGGACGUGGAUUCUCUCAUAUACUUUCUCCAGAAGAACCCUUUCCAUCUUCAUUCAAUACUAGCUAUCACGGACCUUUACCGGGAGCAUCGGGAGUUCGAGCGUGCCGGGCAGCUCCUGCGGCGAGGGCUGUAUGUUCUACAAUGCAGCACUCAUCCCCUAUUCGAUCCUUUCAUGGAGUCUAAUACUGGGCACAAGAAUCAGAAGAAAAAUAGCAGCGGCAAGAAGCGACAUGCUAAGGGAAAGCAUCCUACCGGUAACGAAGAAGUGGGAUUAGUAGCCUCACUGCGGCUGUCCAAGGAGGACCCUUACUACUGUUUCACAAUCCUCGCAUUAAGGACUCUGUUGGUUCACGGUUUGCUACUGGCUGGUCAAGGCUGCACUCGUACAGCUUUGGAGAUUUUCAAACUACUACUGCUAAUGGAUGACGAGAAGGAUAGAGUUCAUGCCCUCAUGCACGUUGAUACUUAUGCUAUCCGCAGCCACGAAUACGAUUGGCUUCACCGUUUCGUAGCGUCCUACGCGUCAUUGCCACCUGCAGCUCCUGAGGAAGUCCAAUACUCAGCUCUCGAUCUCGCAAUGCCAAACUUCGCGUUCUCGGAAGCGUUGGCGCGAUAUCAACAGUUACCGACUGCCGAGGAGGCUUCAGCCGCUAUACCACGGGUCACGGCCGAGGACUUGCGGAAAACACUCAUCAUCACUGAUGCUCCGACUGGCGACUCGGCAUUAGAUGCUUCGGUGGCGCUCAUGAAAGCCAUACUCCUGUUCCCGUAUACUGUGCGAACACUGUUGAUAGCGAUGUCAAGUCCUCUAUCAGGCCCGGGGCAUAAACCUUGGGAAGAUUUGUUUAGGAACCCCCCGUUCUCGGAUGCUCGAACAUACUUCAUGCAUGCAAAAUUCGGCUCGAUCCACCUCCUUAUGGCGGAAGCUUAUGCCGAGAAAGCGUGGCAAUUAUGGAAACCCGAACAGUUGCAGGAGUGGCUCUUCUCUGCGUGUCAACGGCUGGUUGAGCUGAGUCCAGACCUGGAGCUUGUUAGAAGGCGAUGGUCUACGAGCACUCUGCCUGAUCUAGUCGGAAGGUAUUCUGACAUUUCCAAGUCGGAGUUCACCGUCAAUUCUCCGAUGCUCCCAAGGGCUCUCUUUGAAGCCGACAAUGAGUUGUUCAAGACUUACGGCACUGAUCUCCGUCGUAAUGGAGGAGAUGCCAGUCGAGCUAAUGUAUCCCUAGAGUCGAAUCCUGUUGUCGCAUUUCUCCAGAGCCUCAUGCCUUGGUCACGUGUGGAUUACACUGGCACUGAAGCCGAACCGAUAAACAUCACGGCUGGCAUUCGAGGAGCUCUAGAUCGGAUCACCGAAAGGUUGGGUCUAGGAGGGGAACCUCAGCCUGUGGACCAAGGAGAGGAGGAAGAGGAGAAUGGGAUGGUCAACGACUUGGGAGAUCGAGGGAAUCUCGAGAUUGAUGAUGAUGAAGAUCCACUAAUACAACGGAUCCUUCUAGAAGAGGCAGCUGGUAACGAAGCACGACGAGGCAGAGGGGCAUCAUCAUCAUCAUCGAGUGAUUCGGCAGUUGAGGAUAUCCAAAUGGAUUGACUUCGUUACCGGUGUCUUCCUAGUUUCUUGUG